CCCUGCCCGGGUGUCAACACCCCCCAACAAGCCGCGUGUGCCCGAGUCCAGCGGCAGCAGUUGCAGGUGAACGACCCCAGCAGCGGACUUCUCUCUCCGUUCCGUGCCCGCCCGAGACUCCUCCACCAAGCAGGGAGCGAGGCUGCCAUGGCGGCGUCGCUGGGCUCCUCCGCGCUGGACGCCCUCUCCUCGACCCUGAUCUCGCCGUCGCUCUCCACCUGCCUCGUCUUCCUCGCCACCUUCCUGCUGCUGCUCGAGUGGCGCAAGGUCCAGCGGCCACGCGGCUUCCCGCCCGGCCCCACGGCGCUGCCCCUGCUGGGCAACCUGGGCUCCCUGCCCACGCAGGAGCCCGGCACGGCCCUGCACAAGCUCUCGAAGCGCUACGGGGACGUGUACAGCCUGCUGCUGGGCCGCGAGCUGUGCGUGGUCAUCAAUGGCUUCGAUGCCGUGAGGGAUGCGCUGGUGAACCACGCCAAGGAGUUUGCCGACCGCCCCUGGAUGGCGAUGAUUUCCAAGAUCACGGAGGGCCUCGGCAUCAUCACGGCGGGGUACGGCCACAGCUGGAAGCAGCAGCGGCGCUUCGCCCUCUCCACGCUGCGCAACUUCGGUCUCGGCAAGAAGUCUCUGGAGGAGAAGAUCAACGAGGAGGUGGCCAUCCUCGUCCAGACAUUCCGGGAGUCCGCUGAUGCCUUCGACCCCCACUUCAGCAUCAACAAUGCCGUGUCAAACAUCAUCUGCUCAAUCGUGUUUGGGAACCGCUUUGACUACGACGACAAGCGCUUCCGCGACUUUCUGCAACUCUUCGCCGAUAACUUCAGGAUCGAAGGCGGCUGGAGAGGGAAGAUAUGCAUAUUCAUGCCAUGGCUGGAAGACUGGCCCGGCCCUCACCAGAUUAUCUUCCAGAACGCGGACAAAGUGAAGCUGUUCUUUCAGGAGCGCAUCCGUGAGCACCGGCAAACACGCGAGGCCGGCCGACCGCGGGACCUGAUCGACGCCUACUUGGACGAGAUGGAGAAGGAGAGCCAGGACCCGGGGUCCACCUUCUCCGAUGGAAAUCUGCUCAACGUGGUCGGAGACCUGUUCAUAGCUGGCACCGAGACCAGCUCGACCACCCUGAGAUGGGCCUUGCUCUACAUGAUGGCCUAUCCCCACAUCCAGGAGCGCUGUCAGAGAGAGAUCGACGAGGUGAUUGGCGGCGAUCGCUCGCCAAACACGACGGACCGAGCAAACCUCCCGUACACCGACGCUGUGAUCCACGAAACCCAGAGGAUGGCCAACGUUGCCCCGCUGGGCGUCUUGCAUUCUACCACCACCGACGUCAAGUUUCGAGGAUACGAUAUUCCCAAGGGAACAAAGGUGUUACUUAACCUGACGUCGGUUCUGCACGACGAGACUCAGUGGAAAACGCCGGACGAAUUUAACCCCGACCACUUCCUGGAUAAAACGGGCCAGUUUGUCAAGCCUGACGCCUUCCUGCCCUUCUCUGCUGGUCCCCGUGUGUGCCUGGGAGAGAACCUGGCCAGAAUGGAGCUCUUCCUGUUCUUCACGUCUCUGCUGCAGCGCUUCAAGUUCCAUUGGCCCGACGCAACUUCUCGGCCCAACUUUGUAGCUGCCGAGGGUCUCAGCCGUGCCCCGGUGUUCUACAAGCUGGGCAUCCGCCCUCGCAACACGGCCAAGGCUGCCAUGGCGGCGUCGCUGGGCUCCUCCGCGCUGGACGCCCUCUCCUCGACCCUGAUCUCGCCGUCGCUCUCCACCUGCCUCGUCUUCCUCGCCACCUUCCUGCUGCUGCUCGAGUGGCGCAAGGUCCAGCGGCCACGCGGCUUCCCGCCCGGCCCCACGGCGCUGCCCCUGCUGGGCAACCUGGGCUCCCUGCCCACGCAGGAGCCCGGCAUGGCCCUCUACAAGUUGUCAAAAGAGUACGGGGAAGUCUUCAGCAUCUACCUGGGCCACACUCCUUGGGUGGUGCUCAACGGGUACGAAGCUGUAUGGGACGCACUGGUGCAGCACGCUAAGGAGUUUUCAGACCGUCCGGUGAUCCCCGUCAUUUCUAAAGUCACCCAGCGACUGGGGAUAUUAACGGCUCCGUACGACCACAGCUGGAAGCAGCAGCGGCGUUUCGCCGUCUCUACGCUGCGCAACGGCAAUACGUUUCUGAAGGAGAAGAUCAGCGAGGAAGUGGCAUUCCUCCUCCAGACAUUCCGGGAGUCCGGUAGGGUGGUGGAUCCUACCUUCACCAUUCAAAAUGCCGUGUCCAACAUCGUCUGCUCCAUUGUCUUUGGACACCGCUUCGACUACGACGACUCGCGCUUCCGCCACUUGCUGCACCUGUUGGCUGAGAACCUGCGGCUGUUCAGUGGCUGGAUUGGACAGCUCUGCAUGGUGAUGCCGUGGUUAGAAAACUGCCCGGGCCCUCACCAGCGAAUCUUCCGUAACGCGGACGCGUUGAGGGACUUUUAUGACGAGAGCAUCCAAGUUCACCGGCAGACACGGGUGGAAGGGCAGCCCCGGGACCUCAUCGACGCCUACCUGGAUGAGAUGGAGCAGGAGAGCCAAGACCAGAGCGCCUCGUCCUUCUCAGACGGAAACCUGAUCAACGUGGUAUCGGACCUCUUCGUCGCCGGCACUGAGACCACUGCCACCACCCUGCGCUGGGCCCUGCUCUACAUGAUGGCUUACCCCAGCAUCCAGGACCGUUGCCAGCGGGAGAUUGAUGACGUGAUUGGAAGUUCCCGUGCACCAGCCAUGUCUGACACGGCCUCCAUGCCGUACACCGUGGCCGUGAUUCACGAGGUCCAGAGGAUGGCCAACGUGCUCCCAACGGGGUUCAUGCACGCCACGGCCAGCGACGUCAUAUUCCGCGGAUACCGCAUUCCCAAGGGCACGAUCGUGAUACCGAACCUGACGUCAGUUCUUUACGAUGAGAACCACUGGAAAACUCCGCUCGAGUUCAACCCGGGGCACUUCCUCAACGACGCUGGCCAGUUUGUCAAGCCCGACGCCUUCCUACCCUUCUCUGCUGGGCCCCGCGUGUGUCUGGGAGAGAAUUUGGCCAAGAUGGAGAUCUUCCUCUUCUUCACAUCGCUGAUGCGGCGUUUCCAGUUCUACUGGCCUGACCCGGAGUCCCAGCCCUGCCUGGCUGCCGCUAUCGGAGCCUCGCGCUCCCCGCAGUCCUACCAGUUGGGCAUUCGGCAGCGUCCCGACAAGUGAGCCGCCCUGGCGUGCGGUGGCCACAGGGAGAACGGAGCCUCCACGCUGUCAUCAACGACAGCGACGACCCAAAACAGUCGUGGGCGUGAUUGUGUAGAAUGUGAUCAAUUAAAUAAGCACCUCCUUCACAUUUGUCCCUCUACUUUGAAAAUAUAAAAUGUUUUUACAAGCCACUCCGGGCUUGGCAAUCGAAGAACCGCGGGGAGUGUUCGUAACUCGGAUGGUGGCGCCACGGUGGCUAUGAGAUGUUCACUACCUCGCCUGGUAUACAGGAGGUCGUGGGUUCGAUCACGACCCUGACGCCUGUUGUAUAAUUGGAGUUUGCGGAGUCUCUUUCUCAUCAUCAUCACGGUGGCUAUGAGAUGUUAACUACCUCGCCUGGUAUACAGGAAGUCGUGGGUUCGAUCACGACCCUGACGCCUGCUGUUUAAUUAGAGUUUCCGUGUCUCUCCCUGUGGUCGAGUGGAGUUUUUUCCGUAUCCUCCGGUUUUCCCCUCCACAUUUAGAAUCGACAUCACGCGUUUAGAGUAUAUUUGGCUGCUACAAAUUGCCACAUGACAAGCCACUUCGUUGAUUUAUCACUUGUGGCCAGGACGCUUCCGAAAACGAGCUACACAGCUCAGUGGGCCUUACCUGGCAAAAUAAAAAGUUUAGUUUUUACAUUCUCGCCACCCACGUGACAUCAGCGAUGGCGAUGAGGUCACUGGGACGAUAUCAAGCGCCUACAGCUCACCAACCCCAAGAAUCAGAUUCAUCAUAUGUAUUUAUACUGGAGAAAUCCGAUGAGCUAUGAAGCUCUAUUUGAAGGGGAAAGGCAGGAAAGGGUUCACCUCUUCAAUGAAAACGCACGAAACUGUUAAACACGUGUCAGGUAACUCGCCAAUAAAUUAAUGCGAUCUGCGUUCAUAGAGGCGGUUCAAGUGAAGAUUGUGAUCAGCGUGUGCGCGUGCCCGCGUGUUCCUCGUGUGCCCGUAAUCAACCCACACGUGGCUCUAUCCAAGGGGCACAGCGUAGCACGUGCUACUAUCACAGUAGUAGCACGUGCUACUAUCACAGUAGUAGCACGUGCUACUAUCGCAGUAGUAGCAAAGAAUAAUGAAUGUCUCCCGUGCUGUGUCGAUAUAUAUACACGACUGGACAUCUGUGCAUCAAGAGCUUCACAGCUCAUCGGAUUCCUGCAGAAUAAAGAUUCAGAUUUUGAGAA